AGCUGCUUAAUAAGUGAUACACAAAUAAACAACUGGAAAAGUGUAAAGAAAAAAUAUUUAAAAUAAUAACUAAAUAUACAAAUAAAUACUAACUAAAGGGAAAUAGAAAUUAACAAUAAAUAAACACUUUCAAAUAGAUAUAGACAAGUCAGCUAGAUAGACUGGUCUAGAAAAACGUUAACUCACGUUAGCUACAGUGAAUUGACGACGAGGGCUAGCUGGGCACAGAAAAUUGAUGUAUCACCUUUAAACAUGCUGUUAAAGGUAGAGGAGUGUUUCAUUUUUAAUAUCUGACAGUCGUAUAGAAAACGUAAAUGUAAACUUCACCGGCUUUUGAAGCACCACGUAUCCUCUUCACAUUCAGCCCUUCAUAGUUUUCGAAAAUGUCUGCUUGGUUGCCAGCAGCAACAAGGAGGCGUUACCAAACUGACGGACAGUGUCAAGAACCAACCAGACCAUGCAAAUAAAUGACGUCACAGUUGUAGUUUGUUUUUUGGAGUUGAAACAAUUGCAGGUUGACAGCGAGCUCAUUCUUCAAGUGCAAUCGAACGUCAAAAGAUAUGCAGGAGUCAAAUGACUUGUAUGAUGUGCAUGAGACGGACACCCACUCUGCAUGGGCCAAUCAUCAGCAUCAAUCCAUUGAAGACAUGGACAAUGUGGAGUGUCUCAGACGGAAAAUCAAAUAUUAUUUCAUGAACCCCUGCGAAAAGUAUCACGCUCGUGGGAGAAAACCAUGGAAACUUAUCCUGCAGCUCGUCAAAAUUGCCAUAAUCACUAUCCAGUUGGUGUCGUUCGGUCUGAGCAACCAGAUGGUUGUGACUUUUAAGGAAGAAAACCUGAUGACAUUCCAGCAUCUCUUCUUAAAGGAUUUUGUGGAUGGGAGUAUUGAUACAUAUGCCGUUUACAGACAAGCAGAUGUUUACGAUCACAUCAAUUACAUCAUUGAACAGUACGGACGUCUGCAUAACAUCACAGUAGGAAACCAUGAAUAUGAGAAACGUGGCUCUGUUUACACACCCCUAUCAGUGUGUCAGGAGUUCUACAGGAAUGGUACCAUCUAUCCUGGCAAAGACACCUUUGAAAUUGAUGCACAUGUGGAAACGGAUUGCAUUGACAUUUAUCCAAUGAAUCAGUCAUCCCAAGAUGUGCUUUCACAUUUUGAGUUACACUUCAAAAGAAUGCUUUCUGUCAAGAUCAACUUCGUUCUCAAAGCCAUCAAUUUACAGACAGUCAGGCACCGAGAGUUGCCAGACUGCUACGACUUCAAUGUCAUUAUCACUUUCAACAACCAAGUGCACAGUGGAAGGAUAAAAGUGGACCUGGAAAAUGAUGUAGAGAUCAAUGAAUGCAGAGACUGGAAAGUAACAGGAGCUACUGCUAAAAGCAUAUACCUGAUGCUGAUGUUUGACUGCCUCAUCAUCGUAACAUGCAUUAUCUCCUCUGCUCUCUGUAUGCGCUCGGUGUUCAAUGGGAUACAGUUGCAGUUUAAGUACACACAUUACUACAAGAACCAUAACGGUAAAGAUGCCCCCUGGUCCGACAAACUGGAGUUCAUCAAUGGCUGGUACAUCCUGAUAAUUGCCAGUGACUCGUUAACCAUCACUGGCUCUGUUCUCAAGAUUGAUAUUCAGACAAAGGUACUAACAAGUUAUGAUGUAUGCAGCAUAUUCCUCGGUACGGGCACCAUGUUUGUUUGGAUUGGCGUCAUCCGCUACAUGGGCUACUUUCGCAAGUACAACAUUCUCAUCUUGACUCUCAGGGCAGCUUUCCCAAAUGUUAUCCGUUUCAUCUGCUGCGCCGGAAUAAUCUACCUGAGUUACUGCUUUUGUGGUUGGAUUGUCCUUGGCCCGUACCAUGAGAAAUUCCGGACCUUGAACACAGUGUCUGAGUGUCUCUUCUCCUUGAUCAAUGGAGAUGACAUGUUCCCCACCUUUAAGAACAUGAAGAAGAAGAGCAACCUGAUUUGGAUUUUUAGCAGAGUGUACCUCUAUACUUUUGUCUCCCUUUUCAUCUACAUGAUUCUCAGCCUAUUCAUCACAAUCAUCACCAACUCCUAUCACAUCAUCAAGCAACAGCAGCAAAGUGGGAUCCCAACAUCAGAACUCCAACAUUUCCUAUCAGAGUGUAAAGAUCUCCCAAACUCAGGAGCUUACAGGCUUGACAAGAACAGCUGCUUCUUGCACAUCUGCAUGAAUAAGUGCAGGGAACGCCAUGAGAGGUUGACUUCGGAGACAUAGUGUGUCCAGGUUGUUGGAAUAUUUGACUAAAUGUCUGUACUCAAAACUGAAACCAGCUUAAAUGUAACAAAAGGGGAGGGGUGAAGCAUACAAAACAUAUUUAAGAGUCACAUUGCAUGCUAAGUACAACAAAUUCAUACAUGAAUCAGUCAGGUCUGCGCUUAUAUUGAAAGGCCUCUCUGCCUCUCACAUCCCUCCUGACAGUUCAUUGUGGCGUGCCCCACUGUUUGAGAGGCAAUGGACUAAAUGCAUAGCACUUGAAAAGAUUUUUCUUUUUUAUAAUUGGAAAAUAAACAGCAGGGGACGAAAAAUCAGCAUAGAACCUUUAGUCAAGUGCGAGAUUAUUUCAUGUGAUUUUUGAUAUUUUCAUUAUAGUGCCUUAUUGGUGUGUAAAAGAAGACUCCUCUAAAAUCUUUUUUUUCCUCAUACAGCAUGUUGUUAUAAAUGCAAAGUUUUGCACAUAAAGAAUUUAAUUAAGGUGGAAAACUGUAGCAUGUCAUUUAUUUUUUGAUGGCUUUUGAGACAUCAUGGGCAUACAAUUUUGUCUUACCACUUAGUCCCCUGUCAAAAAGUCUUAAAGAAGAAAAACACAAAUCAUUAUUAAUGGCAAUGAUGUGUGCAGUCAUCCUUAAAAAAUUCAGACAAAAUUAUUUCUAUGACUGACAGUGUUAAUGUAGUCUAAAGACAGCAUGUGUCCCAUUUACAGAAUGGUUUGUAUCUGUGGAAGCAGAGAACGUAGUUAGAAGGCAAGAAUGUUCUUGGCUCACGAGGGACUUAGGGAGCAUAUAAUUAUUGUAUCUUUUUCAUUUUGGCCUUCUGAAUGGCACAAUAAUAGAGAGGCACUACCAAAAAUGCUGACAUUGUAAAGAAUCUGCCAGUUAGCAACACCUUUCAGUGUGGAAGAUUUAUAUUGCUCAUUAUUCACACUCACGAUGUUCUCAAUAUAAACUUACUGUGUUCAGUCUCCUCAAUUGAGGAAU